AUGGCAAGGACCCAGGUCCUCCCACUGGUGGCAGCCCUGCUGCUCCUUUGCGGCGGCCUGUGCUCAGCCCAGAAAGUUGAACUGGCGCCACAGAUCAACACAGCCCUUAUGCAGCAGGCAGCGGCCUUACAGCAGCAGAGUGGCACUGUAAAGGCUGCUAAGGCCAUGGCCACACCCACCAGGGUCUCACAACUGAGGGAUCCCAAACCAGGAGCGCCCGCGCCGGCGCCGGAGGCCGCCCCGGCGGCACCGGCGACGCCCGCGUCUCGCGCUGCGUUCCCUGGCACCGGCGCCGCCCCGGGCACCAACACGCCCGGCGGCACCGGCGGCGCAUUCCCCGGCCGCAUCGAGAAGACCCCUGCAGCAUCUGCCCCGGCCCCCGCUGCGCCGCGAACCGGCCUGCCCGGCGGCUACAACAUGGCAGGCAACAACGCUGAUGUUGCCACUUCGCGCGCCGCCGCAACAGCCGCCGCUCAGGAGGCAGCGAACACCACCCCGGCUCAGCCAAAGGAGAGAGUUACUGCUCAGGCGACUCGUGCUGCCGAGAAGCACAGAAAGAAGCACGCAGAGAGCGCUGAGACCGGUGCCGACGCGGUGGGCCAAGUGACAUCCAGCAGCGGAGCAAGCAACGCGGCAGCUGCCACGCAGCCGCUAACACCCACUGACUCAACUGUGGGUGCCUUCACCACAAUCUCAAACACUAACCCCCAGACCGUCACUGCUGCCGCGCAGCCGCAAGCCGCUGCCAGCGUGACGGCUGCCGGCUCCGCUGCGCAGAUCCCAGCAGCAGGCACCUCUGGCAUGAUGGGAGCCAUUCAGCAGCCUCAGACAAACCUGAUGGCAGCUGAUGCAUAUGCAGCGGAUGGCACCUUCUACACUGGAGACGGCCAGGUUGUGCAGAAAACUUCCCAGGGAUCAGUGCCUCCCACGGCUGCUUCCUCCACCACUGGACGGGUGGGCACAGAGCAGAGCACCAAGACCGCUGCUCGCAGCAGUUCCCAGGUGGGCAGCAUUGACGUGGACAACACGAGCCGAUCAGCGCUGCAGAACAGCAAGGCGGCUGCCACUGCACCCGCUGCAGGAGUCAACGCCUCAGGCCGCCGACUCUCUCAGAGCACUGACCUGGCGGCAGCUGCCCAGCAGUUUCUGGCCGGCUUCGCCAACGGGGCGCAGCAGGGCGGCCAGGCCGCGUCCAGCCAGACAGCCGGUAUCUCUGCGCAGCCGCUUGUCGGCCGCACGCAGACCAGCAGCCUGCAGACGGGAACGCCCUCUGCCGCCGCGGCAGCCGAUCAGUCCGGGGUGGUUUCCGGCAAGACAUACCAGACUGCCUCUCAGGCAUCCCCGCUGACCCCUUACAACACAGCCAUGGAAAACUCUAUCGGCAACAUCGUGCAGGAGGUCACGAGCAGCUUCGGCAAGCAAGCCGGGUCAUCCCUACAGCAGCAGACCGGCGCUGCGGCCUCCAGUGAAAUCCCUGCCGCCAACCAAUUCACCCAGCCGGCGCUGCCUGCCAACCGGGAGAUUGUGAGCUUUAAUGUGCCCCAAAUGCCCAACGUGCUCUCGGGUGGCGGCGCGGGCGCACUUGCCGGCCGCAAGCUUCAGGACGCAGCCGGCAUGAUUUCCCCGCCCCAGCCAGUCCAGGAGGCCGCCCCACUUGACAUCAACCAGGCGCAGACAACGCCCCUGGCCGCCCUGCAGCAUCUGGCCAACACAAUCACAGAAGCCACCGGCCCCACAGCGCUGCGCUCCUCUCAGCCGAUGGCCGCCGCUUCAAACUAUGGCGCCACUUCUGGCAACGCCGCAGACGGAAGCUUUGGCGCCGAUUACCCAUCCUCGGCCGCCGCCGCGCAGCCGUCGCAGCCGGCGUCCGGUGCAUCCCUGAACGGAGCGCAGCCCUUUGCCUCAGCCGACAACGCUUACAACGGCGGCAGUGCUGGUGGCUAUGGAAGCAGCGCCGGUAGCCUGACACCAUCUGCCUCCGACACAGCGGCCGCCAGUGGCUACAACGCGCAGCCGAUGGCGUCAGCCGGUCAGGCCGUGCCGGCCAGCGGCUCGGACGGAUCCAACUUCAACGCGGGCCGCGGCGCAAGCGCAGAGCAAAGCCUUGGGGGCCUCACAGGCGUCGCUAUCAACCUGCUCAACGGACGCCGCCUGCUGCAGCUGGACUCAACCACCCUGGACACCGUAGCGGCAACAGUUGCCCAGGACACUAGCGUGCAGAGCGCAGCUGUGAGCCUUGUGAAGGCUGCUUCCGCUGCUUCAGGCGCCUUCUGGACCUCUGCUCCCAAGGACGCGGCAGCCGCCGUGAAGGUGAUCGAUCUGGCGGUGGCCGACAAGGCCUCCGUGGCAGCUGCCACGCAGCUGGCGGGCGCCGUGCGCGCAGCCGCCAUCACGGCCUUCGGCUCCUCGCUGCCUGCGUCCCUGUCUACAGCAGCGUCCAAUCUGAAUUUUGCAGCGCUCGUUCAGGACAGCGCCGUGCAAUCGGCCGUCGUGCCCGUGCUACAAGCCGCCGCGGCAGCCGCUGGCAACUCAUGGAACGCCGUCGCACUGGGCCUGAGCGGUGCUGCCGAGGAGACGGUGGCGGCGGCGGUGGCCGACCCGGCAACCGUGACGGCCGCGCGCAGUUUGGCGCAGACCGCGAACUUUAACGAUGUCAUGAGCAAUGUGGCGACGGACCCUGCCGUGCAGGCGGCAGCUCUGCACGUUCUGGAAGCUGCCAACACCGAGGUGGCUGCACUCAAGGCGCUGCACGCAUCCGAUACCGAGACACCGGCCCUGGCACCGGCGCCGGCGCAGGAGCAGGUGACAGGAGGCACAACCCUGUCAGCUCUGCAGCAGCUGGUAGCGAGCGUCAGCCACAAUGCCAUUGCCACCGCUCUGCCCUUCACCGCGCAGACGCAGUCCUCUUCCACCUCCGGUCCCAUCGACUGGGAGGCGGUCUUGGCGGCCCCCGGCAACGCGGCGGCGGCGGCGGCCGCGGCGCAAAAGGAUUCUGCGGUGGUGAAGCAGUUUGACGCGACCCAGACGGCGCGCGACGCGGCCGCGAGCGUGCAAGGGGCGGUCGCCGGGCUCCUGUCCGGGGCCGGCGGCCGCCGCCUUGCGGCCGCCGGCAACGGGCAGGCGGCAGCGAGGGCGCUGCAGUCUGACGGAGAGGGCCUGCUGCCUAAUCUGGGCACGUCGAUGACUAACACGCUGAGCUCGCUGUCGACUAAUGCGCGCAGCGCCGGAGAGAACGCCGUCAUAGAAGUUGCCAAGCAUGUUGUGCGCACUCUGGGCGUCGAUUCCAACACUCAAGGCUUCGCCACUCCGCACUCCCAGUACGGUUACAACCCCAUAGCAGCGGUUGUGCCUUACGGCUCUGCCACAAACACUGCACCUACGGAACUGCCUCAGACUUCUGUCAACACUGACGCAUCAGGCACAAUCACAGCGAGCGCUUUGAAUGGGCUGGCAACCACAACGGACACAGCAGGUGCGUCACAGGACAGCGCCACGCCUCUGGCAGCUGCCGUGCAGGUGCCUGCGUACGCAGCAGCUUCCAAGCAGUUGCCCACGUCUGCGGCGCAGCUUCCCGCUGACUACACAUCAGCGUCCACCUCGGCGCUUGGCAGGAGGCUGCUGGAUCAGGCAGCGCAGCAGACAGGCCCAACGCUACAGUCAAUUGUUUCCACUGUUUCGAGUCUGGCCAGCGCGGUCCAGAAUGCCCUCUCCCCAUCUUCGGCGCCCCAGGCAAGCAGUGUGCAGGGCCAGGCUGCUUCAGGCACAAUAGCCCCACAGCCUGUCACCUCCCAGGGCACCAAAACUGCCCUUUCAGAGCCAAGCUUCCAGUCGGUCGGCAACGGCUAUGGCUAUGGCGGUGGGAGCAGCUAUGGAAGCAACAGCGGCGGCGGCGGUGGCGGCGGUAAAGUGAGUGUGUCUGAGGCAAACACAUACAGCGCAGAGGGCGGCAACCAGCUGUCCACGAACGACAUCCACCUGGACAACUCGGCCUCAAAUUUUGUCAUCGGGCCUGACGGGAAGGUGCCCAGCCUUGCAAGCCAGGGGGGUGCAGCGGCGGUGGCGCAGCAGCUGGGACUGCUGGUGCCCAAUGGGGGGACCUCGGCGUCCCAGAGCGUUCCCUCCCCGCCGGCCAGCACGAAUUCAGAUUCGAAUUCGAAUUCCGGAUACGGCGGGUCUUACGGGGGGGUGAUCACCCCCCAGCAGAGCCCCAGUUACGGCUACGGAUCCAACAGCAACCAGAGCCCCAGCUACGGCUACGGGUCUAACAGCAACAACCAGAGCCCGGGGAACGGCUACGGAGCAAAUAGCAACGCCGGCUACGGGAGCAGCGGGAAUGGAUACGGGUCAAAUAACAACGGGUACUCGCCAGCGAACAAUGCCGGCACUCCGAACACAGUGACUGCCUACAACACUGGCCAGUCCUACAGUGCUUCCUCGCCUGGGAACAACAACAACCAGUCAGGUCCGACCAUUCAGCAGGGGAGCAGCUAUGCAGCGCCAGCGAAUCAGCUGGAGACACAGAGCACCACAGCUUUUGCAAACGCUGUUCCCUACAGCUCAGCCCAUCAGAAUUGGGGCGCCACAACUGCCACCACUGGCAUGCCUGCAGGUAACAACAACUUGCAACGGCCAACCGGGGAAGCCGCGUCCUACCAGCAAAGUGCACAGGGUUGA